UUGAAAAAAUAUUAAUUUUAAUUUUUUUUUACAAUUUUUCUAGUUGCUACAUUUUAAUGAAAAUCUCCUUAGUUUUGCCGUUAAAUGUUUAUUCCAUUCAUUAUAUUACUGUUGAAACUAUGAGAUAAAAAGUCUCAGUUGAUGCUGCUUGUUUAAACUCCUCAACUUGAAUCAUGGAGGAACAUGGAGAAAUGGCUGGGAACAACACCUUUCAGGAACUGAAAUUGGAGGACCAUGUUCUACCCCUGUUCUUGACAUACCACCACGCCAUCCUCAUUAUGGCAGCUUACCUGAUCUUCGUGAGGUACGUCGGCCCGUUCUUGAUGGGCGGGAGGAAGCCCUUGGUUCUGAACAGCGUAGUCAGGGCUUACAAUAUAUUACAAGUCUUAAUGAACGUAUAUAUAAUAUAUUCCGUAUGUUCCUCAACGGGUAUUGCAAUACUGGAUCCCUGGGGACGGGUGUGCAAUGUGGUAUCUUCCGCAAUUGAAGACAAAUCAUUGGCCAAAUUAAGGGUAUUGGAGAGUCUUUAUUACUAUUAUAUCAACAAAAUUAUUGACCUUUUUGAUACAGUCUUCUUUAUACUGAGGAAAAAGCAAUCACAAAUCACAUUUCUCCAUGUAUAUCACCAUGUGCUAAUGAUUGGGAGUACAUGGAUUUCGACUAUAAUAUUAAGAGAUGAAAUUCUAGUUAACUUCGCAGCUCUCAAUUCCCUGGUUCAUGUUUUUAUGUACUCCUAUUAUUUCCUUUCAAGCUUUGGUCCUGCGAUCCAGAAAUAUCUUUGGUGGAAAAAAUACAUCACAUCGUUACAAAUAGGACAGUUUAUCCUAGCACUAUCGAUGCUUCUCAAAUUGAAAUUUUCUGAUUGUGAAUGCACUUCGGGUGUAUUUUAUCUGUGGAGCUUCAACAUCUGUACUCUUUUAAUCUUAUUUGCUGAUUUUUACAUUAAAAGUUAUUCAAAUAAAAGAAAAGUUAAAUAAAUAUUGUUGCAUGCCUAAGUAUGGUAUGUUUUCACUAGUGAAAUGGACGGAACAAAAAAUCUAUUAGAAAAAUUCAACAUUUUGUUUGUACGGAAUUAACGAGACCAAUAUUUUCC